UCGGGCUGAACAGUGUGUUCAGAAUGUGACAGAGCAGAGACUCUGCAGAGCUCUGGAGGACAACACUGUGCAUGUUUGUGCCGUGCUCAUAUGAACAUGGAGUUUACACAACAACAAAGUGAAGCCAUAUCGUCUCAGAGAGAAGAAUGGCACACAUGAUGACGGCUGGAUGAGCAACAGAAAGAAAGCCAGUAAACAGAGAGAGAGGGCGGGGCCACACAGAGGGAGAGGCUGAGCUGAUAUUCGCCGUCGCUGGGCUGCACGCUUCUUUUUGGCCAGUUAACCUCCUGUUGGUCCACCAUACGCCAUAGAUGGGUGAUCCAGUGACCCUGGAGUCUGCCGCCUCUCCUGGUGUUACAGCAGCGCCGGCAGUGCUAGCUGCAGAAAACCAAGAUGGUGCUAAAAGCCAGUCGUCUAACAAGAAUGGGAAGAAGGCCGACUCCAGUGGCAGCAGCUUCUUCACCUGGUUCAUCGUGUUGGCCCUGCUGGGCGUCUGGACGUCUGUAGCUGUGGUCUACUUUGACCUGGUUGACUAUCAGGGAGUUCUUGGUAAACUGGUGGCGUACGACACAGACGGCGACGGAGAUUUCGAUGUCGAGGACGCAAAAGUUCUGCUAGGCCUGUCCAGUGAGGGCGAUGGUCAGGGUGAAUCCCAGGUUCUGGAUUGGUUAGAAGAAGUGGAGGAGGGCGGCUCUGAUUGGUUAAACGGGUUCUUCACGUUCCUGUAUGGACUGAUAAAUCCGCUGGAGCCGCUGGAGGAAGAGGAGGGUGAACACACUGCCUCAGGAAGAGCAAAGGAUGUGCAGGAAGAGGAUGAGGAGGAUGAGAACGAGGAAGCGGUCAGAGGAAGACGACAAGCGACAGACGAUGGAAAUCAGGGGCAGAAGAUUGUGAUUGUUGGCCUCCAUAACCAAUACUGUCAGAUAUCGUCACACCCACGUUCUCUGUCCUCAAGCAGCAGCCACGUGGCCCCACCAGCACUCAUCACCUUAUUAAUGAUUAUGUUCAAUAAGACCCGUUUCUGUAACACUGGGCAUGCACCCAUCAGGUUUCAUACACCUUUGGGUGCAAAGGAGAGCAUGCGAGGCGGCUUGCCUGAGACAGAUGUUCCUAAUGCCAUGCUCGUGCUGGCCUGCUGUGAGGUGACCUCUGAUAACAGAUCACCAUCAUCUACUCCAGAAAGCUCUCCAAAGAAUGUGGGCUCGAAGCUCCGAGAGGCUCUAAAGCAGCAGGUUGCCAUCAUCCAUGAACGCAUGGAGGCCAAGAAGCUCGCCAAACUGGCUCUGGCUGAAGUCCGGGAGCUCCUAGCCAAAGAGGAGCAGGAGAAGGAGCUCGAGAUGGGGAGGAAGGAGAUGUCAGCCAGGGUGAAGGAGAGGGUGGCUAUGAGGCUGAAGGAGGAGGAGGACAGGCUGGAGAAAGAAGAGAUGGAGAGGGCUCUGGAGAAGCUACGAAAAGAAAAAGCAAAAGGGACAGAUGAGGAGGAGGGAGGGGAGAAGAGAAUAAAGAAAGGAGCGGAAAAAGACGAGAAGUCUGAGAAAAAGGAGGAGGGGCAGGGAAAGAAAGAACGAGAGGAGGACAAAGAGUCUGCUGCUGAAAAGAGAAGGAAGACUAAGGCAGAGAAACCUGACAAAGGAAAAGUAGAGUAGUGCUCAAACACAGUCACAUGAUGCUGAGUAUCUGCUCAUGGACUGAAGGUUGGAGCCACAAGCAUCAUUCACUGCUUCUACUUAUUCUAUUCAAUCAGACCGUGUGCUCUGUAGUUUAGUCUGUACUGUUACUGUUAACUUCACGCACCCGUAGUUCAUCUGUUUGUCUGCAGUAAGGAGAAUCAUCACAUACUGUGGUCCUGUACAGACGAGCAGUGAUCAGGUCACGCAGCGCAGAUACAUGUUUGUAGGUGCUGACAGCCAGUAUUUCACUGUUACAGUCUCUGUAGACACUGUGUGUGUGUGUGUGUGUGUGUGUGUGUGUGUGUGUGUGUGUGUGUGUGUGUGUGUGUGUGUGUGACGUACUGCAAAAUGCAAGUUUCCCCUAAGUUUAGAGAAGUUUGUGUGUAACUGUAACAAACAUGUUAUUUUCUUUGGUCAAUAAAGAGUCUGGGUCCUUGUAGGGUCUCACUUUUUUAAAGGUAAAAGCAAACGCUUGUCUGUGGCUUUGUAAGAGGUCAAAGGUCAAGAAGUCAGUGUGAGGAAAGCAUACUGGACACAUUAGAAGUGUGCUCAAAACGGACUACAUGUUUCCCACUGAUAGUUUUUGUCACCUGUGGAUGAGAAACACUGACAGUGUCUAAAGUGUCAUUAAUGUAGCGCACAGGUGUCGAGCUCCAGGCCUCGAGGGCCGGUGUCCUGCAGGUUUCAGAUGUGUCCUUGAUCCAUCACAGCUGAUUCAAAUGGCUAAAUGACCUCAACAUGUCCUGAAGUUCUCCAGAGGCCUGGGAAUGAACUGAUCGUGUGAUUCAGGUGUGCUGACCCAGGGUGAGAUCUAAAACCUGCAGGACGCCGGCCCUCGAGGCCUGGAGUUGGACACCCCUGAUGUAGCACGUUAACCACAGGCUGUACAGGAAUAAUGGGCGUGGCUUUCAGGGUUAAACACACCUAAACCUACAUGUUUUUUUUCUAAUGAGUCGUCUGGGGUUAACAGCCGUGACCUUUGACCUUUGCUGAUGAGCUGUGCUCUAAAC